AUGGCAGAUGAAGUGAUACACAGCUUGGAGGAUAUGAAACUGACUACAGAAGAGGAGGAAGUUAUACCUAUCUCCGAUGAGGGUAGGCAAGAAGAGAUUGAGAGAUGUGUCCUAAGUUUAAUCGGUAAGUUCCUCACCUGCAAACCCUUUAAUAAAAGAGCUGCUCUAAGCCCAAUGAAGAGGGCGUGGGGAUUGGAAAACAAAGUACAGGUUGUGGACGUCGGAGCAAACCUUUUUCAGUUCAAGUUUCCGACUGAAUUUGAUUUGGAAAGGGUUUUGAAGAAUGGGCCGUGGACUUUCGAUAACCAAGCUCUAUUACUAGUUCGAUGGAGAGCUGGGAUGACCGCUAGCAAUGUCAAGUUUGAGUCUGCGUCAUUUUGGGUGCAAAUCUGGGGAGCCCCGUUUGAUAUGGUCUCUCCAAAAGUAGCAGAGAAAAUAGGGAGUCGGUUGGGAGUUGUUGAAGAAGUGGAGAAGAGGCUGAAACAGGAUACUCCAAGCAUGUUUAUGAGAGUUAAGGUGGCGCUGCCUAUAUCAAAACCGCUUCGGAGAGGGGCGUUUGUUGCUGGAUCAAAUGGACAGAGGACAUGGGUCUCAUUUAGGUACGAAAGGCUUGCUCUGUUUUGCCAUCACUGCGGUUUGCUUGGCCACGACAUCAAGCAUUGUGCUCAACACUUCGCGAUAACAAAGGGAGGUAGAGAAGUUCCUUGCCAGUAUGGGGAAUGGCUGAAGGCCUCAGGGAGUCGUGGUCGGUCUCCAAAUCGGCGAGACCAAGUUCGUGAGGCAGAUGACAAAGGGAACGCUGAGAGGAGAACAACGCAGCAACAUCAGAAUGAGUUGUCUGGGAUGGUUAACGAUGGCGGAAGGGAUGAGUCAGAGAUUAGGGAUGGAGGAGACAUGCGCUUUAAUGAGGCUAACGUGAAUUAG